AUGUCGUUCAGGGACUCUAUCUCUAGUCGUCCUGCCACCAUCAGAGUUGGCAGAGGCCCACAUGCUGGCGUGUUUACUAUACCAAAGGCACUGCUUUGCAACUCGUCCGCAUACUUCAAGGCUGCUCUAAAUAGGCCAUUUAUCGAGGGUCAAACGCAGACCAUCCAUCUUGACGACGAGGAUCCCUCGAUCUUUCAGACUUAUGUCACGUGGCUUUAUCAAGGGCAACUCGAUUCUCAAGACAUCGAAGAGGAACUCGAUGACCCACAGGACUUUGGCCUACACAUUGCCGAGGUAAUGGUCUUCGCCGACAAGAGGGAUGUCCGCGAGCUCAAGAAUGAUGCUAUCUCGAUGCUUCUGAGCUACCUGGUCACACAUGGACUUGCGAGUCUUGAUACCAUCAACUGUGUCUACAACAUGCCCAAGUCGUCGGAGAUCGUCCUUCUACGCUCCGUUCUAGCAACAGAUGAGGUGUGGCACGGUCAUCGGCUGGACAAGAAGAUUGAUCACUGGCACCCAGAAUUCCUGGCGGAGAUCAUUGGUAUCUACAGGAAUUUCAAACCUACGUCCCGCAGAUUCCUGGAAAGCUUCUUGAAUACUAAUCCAACCACAGUCUGUGGUUUUGCGCACAAACACAACGUCAACGCACCGCCUUGCUCAUCUCUCGUCAAGAACACAUAUACUCCGGCUUCUACACCAAACCAGCAGCCUCCAAGCAAGAAGUGUAAAAUCGAGCCACCGACACAAACUGUUCGAGUUCUCAUCGACUGA